AGACGAUGAAAAUUGUCAGAGAAAUUCCUUAGGUAAAGAAACAACACAAUUAUGGCAUACCCUCCACAACCUCCGGGAGUGCAAGGUAUUCCGGAUCUACAAUUUGUUAAGACUACUCUGUCUGCAAUACAACAAUUGAACCGUGUCGCUUUGGAAGCAAUGAACAAUAAAGAUUAUGAAAAAGCUCUUGAUGCUUACACUCGAUCAAUUCCUUUGGGGAUUCAAAUCUAUGUUCCUAAAGAAUUUGGAAAGUUACUGUCCAAUAGAGCGUUUGUCUAUUAUAAUAUGGGAGAUUACAGAAGAAGUUUGUUUGAUGCUAAUCAAGCCUCGCUACAUUAUCCAGAAUAUUUCAAGUGUUAUUUAAGACAAGGUUUUGCAUACAAAAAGCUUAACGAACCAGUCAAUGCUGUGGCAUCGUUUAUAAAUGCAGUGAAUAUAUGUAGACAAUAUUCAGAUUUAUGCUCACAUGGUGUGGCUGUUUGUUAUGUAGAAUUGAUAAAGGUUCUUUGUGAAGUUGAAGAUAUAUUUGACCUAGAUUCAAAAAUAAUUGGUGCAGAAUCAGGCAUAGUUGAUGCAGGAAAUUUAACUCUUAAGGAUAUAUUCCUGUACCAGCUGUCAUCAGACGGUCAUUGUCAAUGGAAAGCCAUUUCCUAUUUGUUAAUAGGUGCUAUUACAGGCGCUGAUUCAAAACUUGCAGGAAGUUGUUCAAACUGCAAUUGUUCUUCCUUAUCAGUUUUGAAGUUGUUUUCUGAGACCAUAGACUCACAGCAAAAAGAAUGGGGCUGCAAACUGGCAAUUAAACUGUUACAAAAUGGUGCUUCAUUUCAAGAAUUUGAGAGCGGAUUGGACGGGAGCGUUAUUCACUUCUGUGUUAACAUUACUUUGAAAACAGGUAAUGUUGAGUUUUUGAAAUAUUUGCUAUCAACUCAUAUAAAAACAACAUCAAGCAUGAAUGUCAAACUCAACGGAGAUACACCACUUCACGUUCUUGUGAAGGAUUCAGAAAUACGUAAAACGACUAUUGGUCAAACGAUAAUUGGUCUUUUGGUUAAUCAUGGUUGUGGUUUAAAUAUAAAAGACAGUGCGGGGAAAACAGCCAUUGAAUAUACGAGUAAAUCUGACCAAGUAUUCAGCUUAUUACAGAAUGCCUCAGGUAGCAGUAAAGGUAGUGGAAUUAGUGCAAAUAUAACGAGAGUUCGGAAGAUUGGAAAAGAGGCUCUUCAGGCAGGCAACUUAAAUAAGGCGCUUGAAAUAUACACAAAAGGAAUAAAAUAUUGUUCAGAUGAGGGAGACUCCAAAAAUGAGGCAAUAAUGUAUACAAACAGGGCAACUGUAUAUACUAAGCUGAACCAACAUGAAAUGGCAUUAAAAGAUGCAGAAAGUGCUAUUCUAGCUGAUUCGUCAUGGCAUAAGGCACACUAGAGGAGAGGAAAAGAACUGUAUCUUCUGAAAAAAUAUGACGAGGCAUUUGAAACAUUCCUGAAUGGAUUUGAAGUUUUUAAGCUAGCAUGUGGCGAUAAAGAUUUAGUUGAUUUGAUCAUCGGUGCUGUCAUUGCAUUUCCAAAUAUACCAGACAAUCUUAAAGCAACGAGAUACGAAAAAUUGUUAAACACAUCUUUAGUCCAGUUUUGGCCUGACGUACUGAAAAGAUUAUCCAAAGAGUCUGAAUGGAAAGUGAUCAGCUAUUUGAUUUUAGGGUUGAUUACAGAGGUUCCAUCAAAUCUUACAGAUUAUGGGGCUGCAUAUUCCGUUGACACCAGUAAGAUGCAACUGAGCACCGUGUUCAAAUUUAUAGCAGAAAAUAAAACUGAUAAAUCAGUUUCAAAUUGGUUGACGCCAACAUUGAUUGUUCUUCUGUUCAAGCAUGAACAAUUUCUCAACUUUAAAAACGAUGAUAAGGACAAUUGUAUCCACGCUGCUGUGAAAUAUUCUCUUAUUACAGGUGACGUACGUCUGUUAGAACAAAUGCCUGUACAAGGAACUCCCUUCGUCAAUGAAUAUUUGAAUGCUAACAACGAGUCUCCUUACCAUGUGAUAACCAAGAACGGAUUUACCAAAGACUGCCAGUUAAUGAAAAAAGUCGUGUUAAUUUUGAUAGAUAAAAACUUCACAGCUAGUUUAAGAGACAAUGGACACUGUUUACCGAUAUAUUACUUGGAGGAACAUCAGUUUGACGAAUUAUACGAAGAUCUACGGAAAAUAA